GACGAUUUGGACAGUGAAUGGGAGACACGAUACUAUCCUGCAGCGGACGCGGGGGAGCCUAAUUUUCCUACCUCGCCUAUUUCACCUGCGACAGCGACGUCGGCAUCCGCGCCGACGCCGCGGACAGCCGGUCUCAACGCUGGCCAUAGUCCCUGUUCCUCGUGCGAGCGGCUGGCGCGGGCUGGCGAGGAGAUCCUAUACACCACAUGUUGCGGAUACAAAGCGGCCACUGUACCCGCUGGGGACGAUGGGCCGGACGGAGUAGCAAUGGCGAUCCCUGUCAGACGCGAGAGGAAGCGCGGUGGCCUUGUUGGCUCGACGCCCUCUUGGUAUCUUGACCAGCGGCAGGCCCACCGGUACCUGGCACUGCUUCGAUGCCUCGAGUACCACGCGAUCUUGCGCGCAAAGGCUAAGGAGGCCAACCCCGAGGACAGCGACCGGCCUCCGCUGACGCCGCUCUGGACUCAUUUCCCCGAGCUCCUCGAGCCCAUUUCUGAGGUGCCGCCGCAGAACAUGCUGCACCUCCAUCUCAGCGGAAACUGA